UUCGUAAUUCUCUUGGUGACAUUGUUCAAUUUUGUUACGGCGAAGAUGGAAUGGAUGCAUGUUUUGUUGAACCACAGACUUUCGAUACUUUACCAAUGAAUAAUGCAGAAUUCGAUAAUAAAUACCUUAUAGAACUCAAAGAUGACGAAAAGAAUAAAGAAAAAGAGGCAGGCCAACAAGAUGACAACGAUUUAGCUCAGCCUAAAAAACCUAAAACUCAGCAAGAAAUAAUUAGAGAAAAAAUUGUUGAAGAAUAUAUGCAAUUAAAACGAGACCGCGAAGUGUUGCAACGAGACAUUUUUACAAACGGUGAUAAUAAGUGGCCGUUACCAGUUAAUAUUAAACGUCUCAUUAAAAAUGCACAACAAAAGUUUAAUAUUAGACCUUCCCGCUGGACUACUACAGAUUUGCAAUACAUUGAUGUCAUAAACAGUGUUGAAGAGGUUAUGUCGAAACUGUUGGUAGUUAAAGGAAAUGAUCAGAUUAGUCAUGAAGCACAAACAAAUGCCACUACGCUAUUUAAAAUAUUAUUGAGAUCAUGGUUAGCAAGUCGACGUGUAAUUGAAGAAUUCCAUCUAAAUUCUCAAGCACUGAAAUGGGUUUUGGGUGAAGUCGAGUCGAGGUUCCGGAAAUCUCUGGUCUCUCCUGGUGAAAUGGUUGGAACAGUUGCCGCGCAAUCUAUUGGAGAACCUGCUACACAAAUGACAUUGAAUACUUUCCAUUACGCAGGUGUUGCGAGUAAAAACGUCACUCUCGGUGUCCCUCGUCUUAAAGAAAUUAUUAAUGUUGCCAAAAACAUAAAAACACCCUCUCUUCAUGUAUUUCUCAUUGGUGAAUAUUCCAAUUCAAUGGAGGCUGCUAAAGAAAUUCAAAGUGCAAUAGAGUACACCACGUUAAAGACUGUAACACAACGUACGGAGAUAUGGUAUGACCCUAGUCUUCAUAGCUCUAAUAUUGAGGCCGAUAAAGAUUUCGUUGAACUUUAUUAUGAGAUGGAAGAAAGUGAAGAAUCAGAGGAAGGUGGUUACCAAUCUCCAUGGGUUUUACGUUUCGAACUCAAUCAUGGUGUGAUGCUUGAUAAGAAACUCCAAAUGGAUAUGGUUGGACGUAAAAUACAACAAAGUUUUAAGGAUGAUAUUCACGCUAUAUGGAAUGAUGAUAACUCUGAACUGAAAGUUAUUCGUUGUCGAAUUAAAAUUGCACCCGGUAUUGAUAAAGAGAGUACAGAUGACUCAGGGCACAAAAUCGAGGAAGAUGUGUUUUUAAAACGUGUCGAAAAUAAUAUGUUGACAACUAUUGGUCUUCGUGGUAUCAAAGGAAUUAGUCGUGUAUAUUUGACCGAAAGUAAAAAAACUCGCAUUUACAUCAAUGACGCAGGUAAAAUAGUCAAAGAAGACGAGACAAUACUUGAAACUGAUGGUACCAACUUGCAGGAAGUGCUAAACGUAGAACACGUUGAUUACAAGCGCACUUAUUCCAAUAAUUGUGUAGAAAUUAUGCAAGUUUUAGGCAUUGAGGCAACACGAGCUGCGUUAUUGAAAGAACUUCGUGACGUUAUACAGUUUGAUGGAUCGUAUGUCAAUUAUCGUCAUUUGGCUCUUUUGUGUGAUGUGAUGACUUCUCGUGGUCAUUUAAUGGCGAUUACCCGUCAUGGAAUAAACCGCGCUGAGACUGGUGCUUUGAUGAGAUGCUCUUUUGAGGAGACAGUGGAGAUUUUAAUGGAAGCUGCUGCUGCUGGGGAAGUUGAUGAUUGUAACGGGGUUGCGGAAAAUAUUAUGUUAGGGCAGGUUGCACCUCUAGGGACUGGAGAAUUUGAUAUAUAUCUUGAUCAAGAUAUGCUGAAAACAACCGCUCCGGCUAGCGAAAGUGCAAAAUCUGGAAUUUUUGGUAUGUCUGAACGACGUCCAUUGGGCAGCAUGACUCCUUCACAUCCGCCUAUGACACCUUAUGCUCUUGGUAAUCGAACUCCUUCGCAUAUGAUGUCUCCUACGUAUGGUAGUGGGUCACCGCAAUAUAACUAUGUCCCUUCUUCACCGGCAUUUUCACCGGUUCUUGAACCUGGAAGUACAAGGCCUAUUACCGUUGGUGGAAGUUAUCCGUGGUCAAGCCCAUAUGCUUCAGGAAGUCCAAUUUAUGGUCCUUCAUCGCCUACUUAUUCUCCAAGUUCGCCAGGAGCGCCUUUUGCUCAUUCUCCUGCUCCUGCAUUUACUCCGCAAAGUCCCGCAUAUAGUCCAACUAGUCCUCACUAUUCGCCAACGAGCCCUCAACCUGGUGGUUGGACCAUUGCAACAACACCAAUCUAUAAUAAUAGACAGGCGACAAGCCCUAGUUAUUCCCCAAAUUCCCCAAGCUAUUCACCGACAUCACCAAGCUAUUCACCAACAUCACCAAGCUAUUCCCCUACCUCGCCCAAUUAUACACCUACUUCGCCGAGGUAUUCACCCACUUCCCCAAGUUACUCACCAACGUCACCCAAUUAUUCACCGACCUCUCCACGAUACUCACCAACGUCACCUAAUUAUACACCAACAUCUCCAACAUACUCUCCUACGUCUCCAACAUACUCUCCAACAUCACCUCAUUACUCUCCAACAUCACCAUCUUACUCUCCAACUUCUCCUGUAUAUACACCAUCAUCUCCAAGUACCACUGCUAAUUACACUCCAACUGCAAGUUCAUCAUAUAGUCCGGUCUCGUCAAUCACUGCAGCUCCUGGUCUCAAUGCGGCUACAUAUAGUCCGACAAUUGGUUCUUCGUCAAUAAAUUCUGCUUCACCAUCAUCUCCUCGUUAUAGUCCUACAUCGCCUGCAUACUCUCCAUGA